AUGGAGGCACCGCCUCCAAUUGUCUCUGUGCUGGAGGCUGCGGUCCCCGUUACACUAUCAGUUGGGUCGACAGGGCCCGCCGUCACCCUCCUACACUCGUAUCUCCUCCAACUAUACUACGCCAAUAAGCCCAGGGAGCCCUUCGUGAACUAUCUACCACCGUCCGAGUUGGCCACAGCAACCUUUGGGCCUCGGACCAGGAUCGCAGUAUUGUCAUUCCAAAAGGAAAACCAAGAUUUGCUCGCCUCGGCUCCCACCGGAACGGUCGACCGGGAGACUGCGACAGUCUUGUACACCAGGCUGAUUCAAUCCAACGUCGACCCCAGACACCCCUCCGUCUUUUUUAUUGUAGGCCGCACCCGAUAUGCGGACGGCUCCGGCAGCUCCGACUUGGUUGUGUCGGUCUAUGACAAAGACUUGCGUGAGCGGAAGCUCCUCUUCGUCACUUCCCCAGAUACGCAGGGGUUCUUCGCCGCCUCGUGUGGCCGCAAGGAGCUAAUUAGGGGCGAUACUGCACGGCUCCCAGCCCUGCUGGCCACUGUCUCGACCAAGAAGAAAGACGUUCUGUAUGCCUCAGGCUUGGACGACAUUAUUUACGAGGCCACAUCUCUAAGCAUCAUCGACAUUCAACUCAUGCAGCGCCCACCCUCUGCUCCAAUGGCAGAUGACUUCACUCAAAUGGUCACAGCCCUGGAUUCAGUCCUUCCUCCGGUCAAAAAGAGCACGGUGCAUAGCCAAGAUGCUUCGCAAGUCUCGUCCGGAGAGGCUGUGGCCAGCCAGGCACGUCAGGCGGUACCGAGUCCUCAACUUGGAGAGCGGAUCCGAUUGCUUCGAGAGGAUGACGAGGCUCGGGACCUCAGCUAUCUUACCCGCCUUAAAACUGUAUCCUUCUCGAAACCAAAUCUUAUCAACGUGGUGCUGGCUCAUCGCUUAGCCGAAUCUGCCCAAUCCGAGGACAAAAUUCCGCUCCCCCCUGAGCUUUUCUACGCCAUCUUAGCCACAGACACCUUCAAAGACAUCGCAGCACCAAGCGCUGAGAACUUAGGUCAAGCCGACCUCGACUUAGCGACCCCAAUCAAACCCUUGCUUUACCAACUAGCUCUCCUCGAUGACUCCGUCAUCACGAGCGCGGUUGCAAAGGCGGUCGCAAGCAGCCUUGCUCCUCCUACAUUGAUUGGCGGUGACUACAUCAGGGAUUGGCAUCGGAUUCGCGAUGCCGCUAAAAACUGGCUUAUAGUGCAACCCACACUCGAAGACCAGAUAUGGGAUCUCAUUCAAGAUUUCUUGGAGAGUGGGAAAGAGGCAGCCGUGAGGGGCGUUCUCGCUGAAGAGAACAUUCAAGGCGACCUGUUUGGUUUCAUCGAGAGGUUGAUUCAGGCCUUUAGCAGGACGCGGGACACUGUGUCCAGCGAGCCACUCGCGGGGAGUCCGCAAAGCCAGCCCUCCAGACCGCUUACGGACGCCCAUACAGCGAUGAAGAAACUUAGGGGCUCACCCGUCGAGUCCCUGAAACAGCUCGCUGAAGUUGACACUUCGGCCUUGGCAAUACACAUCGCCAAUGAAGUACCGGAUGCAAACAUUACACACGAGCAUCCUACUGUCACAGCAGCCGCAUCACAACUCGAGAAGCAUCUUGCAAAGGACUUUCCAACUCUCGCCUUCAGAGCUAAGCUGCGACGUCGUGUCAACCCUGCGCCUCAUAUUAAGCUCGCAGGGAUAUCAUCGCCGAAAGAUCGAAAAGGGACAUCAACUAGCUUUGGCGCGCCAGAGCUUGGGAUUGAUGCACGCGCAGUAUCCAGCUUUCUAGAUGCCCAUGAGGAGUUCGACCUACAGCACUCCAAGCUGGAAUCGCUUCUUUCCAACUCCACCAUAGAUUCGAAGACAUUCGCGAGCCUCGCCAAGGUCCAACGGAUCUUCAAGGUGGCGCCCACAUUUGAGACAACGCAAGCUUUGCUGGAUGAAGGGCUUCACUCAGCCACUCAGAUCGCCAGUAUUGGCCGGCCUCGGUUAAUUACCAGUUUAGCUAAGAAGCCCAGUUUCACUGUGGCCGAAGCCGAGGAGACAUACGCUCGAGCAGCCGACGUCAAGCUUGCGGCGUCCCUCAUCACAGGCAACCUUCAAGGCGCUGCAAACGCUCUGCGUGCUACAGGGGUGUCGGAACCACUCCCACCAGCCAAGCUCGAGGCACUCUUCAAGGAGUUUCCCAAUCUUGCCUCCCUCUUCAAUCUUGGAGAUAUCUGCGCCUGCUCAGAAUGCAUGACGGUGUACAGUCCGUCGGCAUAUCUGGUCGACGUGUUGGAGUUUCUGGGAAACCGAUAUGUGUUAGAAUCUAUUGACGGGCCUGACGCCGGGCGUACCGCGCGAGAUGUCCUGUUCAAGCGCCGCCAGGAUUUGGCAGAGCUAGACUUGAGCUGUGACAAUACCAACGUCACGUUGCCUCUCAUUGACGUUGUGUGCGAACUCUUAGAAGAUAUUGUGGCCCCAGAUGGACUAAGCCCGGGGGCAUUCUCUGGGGCAGUCACUAAGGGCAAGGUCUCCACGGAGUUGCUGCAGUUUCUCCGUGAUGAGUUGAGGCUGCCAUUCACGGCGAACGCCAUCAUUUCUGAUGAAUUCAAUGGAGGAUAUAGGACCGUUCGAGACCAGACCUUUGUCGUGUCACUCAGUUCCAACGACCAGAAAGUUCGCGUUUUGAGGCAAACCUACGGUGACGCUGCUGCUCUGGGCGCAAGUCCCACGUACGUCAACGCUGUGGCAUACGAGCGACUGGCCAACUGCACAUAUCUGCCAAUGCUCCCAUUCAACUUGUUCCUGGAAGAAUGCCGCGCAUACCUGAAGCAACUUGGGGUACCAAGAAUACGGUUGAUGAAAACGCUUGCGCCCAACGCUGCAUAUAACAAUGCGCUGGAAGCUCUCGGGUUCAGUCCGACUGAAGGGGGCCUCAUCACCAACAUUGAUGAGAACGGCCAAGAGAAGUACUGGAACACUGGAGAUCCAGAAACUAUCGUGAGCACGCUCAAAAACGUCCUGACUUUCACCAACGCGGCGCGGAUCGAGUACACCGAAUUGCAAGCGCUCAUCAAUGCCACGGCCUGGCUCAACCCGCCAGCCGAGCCACCACCAAACGCAUCCGUGGAAUCAGUCGGCGUGAUGUUCAUCAAACACAAAGAUAGCACGUGUACUUUGAAGGAGAAAGACAUUGAGGGUCUCGACAUCGCAGCAUUGGACCGUCUGCACCGCUUUCUACGCCUCUGGAAGGGGCUGCUUCGGAACAACAAAGCCGGAUGGACAGUGGCGUUGCUUGACAGAUUAAUCAUAGCACCUAAGUUGGGGACAGGGGAGCUCGGCGGUGACUGUCUUGUGUCCAUUGAGGACGUUGGAGAGUUGGCGAGCCAACUGUCGGCUCAUGUCCGCACCAGCAUCGACGAGGUCGUCAACAUAUUCGCGGGGCUCCCUCUUCAGGGCCAGGGGACAACAUAUGGCUCGGUAUUCCUCAUCACGUCGGCAAAUGGCCCGUUGGACUCAGAUUUUGAACUCCGCAACAUUGCUCUCAACGACUCGGACACACCACCUCCAGUUAUUCCCAGGCUCUCCGAGAAGAGCGAAUACAUCUCACAAUGCCUGAGCAUAACAUCUGUGGAUACUCGGAGCUUAAUUGAACUGAUCUCAAAACCUCAGCCUGAUUCAAUUCUGACACUCGGCAACCUGUCAAGAAUGUACGCCAUCGUUUCAAUCAGCAGACGAUGCAAUAUCUCUGUCGCCGAGUAUGGCAUCUUCUCAAAGCUCAGCAGCCUAGACCCCUUGUCCACAACGACGAGUCUCUCGACUUUCGCCAGCAUGGUUUCGAAUGUGCAGUCACUAGGACUUUCCGGCUCCGACCUUGACUUCCUCACACAGCCGCCCACGGCCGAGCCCUUGCCACAAGAGAUACCCGACGCAACCGUUGCUCAGCUCCUGACCUCGUUGCAGCUAAAAUACGCCGAGGUCCAGGCCGCUGGCAAGUCACCGUUUGACGAUACGUUGCCCGCGGCGGAGAAUCAGCCCAGCGCACUCGAUCUCCUCGCGCAAAUCAAAGGGAUCUCGCAGCUCGACCUUUCUCAGUUUAAAAAAAUGCUCACCGGCGAGUUCAAUGCUGCCGAAGGGUCAUCGUUGAUCACGGCCAAACUCCACGGUAACAUCUCCUACGAUGCAGAAGCCAACAUCACUCAAGCACAGCGUGCUCUAGCAGCCGACCCUGGGAGUGAAACUCUGAAGAAGGAGCUCGUCAAGGUUCUGUGUGAGGCUCUGAGUGACCAAUUUGCUUUGUUUCAGCGCGAAAAUGCCCUCGCAGACGUCUUGCAGUACUUUGAACUGAAAGCAGAGGUGACCGCAGUAUUGUUGGAUAAGAUCAGGUCGCUGAAGACAUUGCUAGACAAGGAUAUCGCUACCGGAAAUGUGACGAAAGUGGGAUUCCCUCUGCAAUACAGGGCUAUUUACUUGCUGCACAAAUUGGCAUUCCUCCUUGGCAAGAUUGAGCUCUCCGAGACAGAUGCCGCCUGGCUUCUUGACAAGGCUCCCAUCCUAGGCUGGGCGGACCUUGGAACUCUUCCAGUCGAUGCUUCACAUGCUCCUGUUAGAUGGGAACUGUGGUUGGCUCUACUGAACUACCUGUCGGCGAUACAGGGAUCUGACUUCCCUAUGGUCAAGAAUCCAGAGAACAAGACAGCACCGUUCACACUGAACGGUCUAUUUGAUCUGGUCCUGAACCCUGGGAGCGAGCUCGAGACCGUGUCCAAAUACCUCAGCAAGCUACUUCCAAGCGAUGAAGCCAUCACUUCCGACCUGAUAGCUCAUUUUGGAUAUACAGUGGGAAACCUAAGGCAAACCUCUCAGCUUCAGCUCCUCGAGUCGGCCGCAAAGAUGGUACGCCAGUCGAGCCUGGAGACAUCCGUUGCUAUUGCUCUGGCUGAAGCCGAAACUCCGGGCAGUCGAGACGUUGUCUCAGCACGGGAUACUCUGAAGUCUCGGUACACAGUACAAUCAGAUUGGUUUGAUGUCCUGAAGACCAUCCAAGAUCCGCUGCGAAUCAGAAAACGAGACGGGCUCAUCGAUUUUAUUCUAGCAUCCAAUAAAGCGACACUCACCUCAGCCAAGGAUAUUUCCGAGCUGCUGCUGAUGGAUGUCGAAAUGAGCACGGAGACGCUAACGUCUCGCAUCAUUCAAGCCCAUCAGUCCGUCCAGCAGUUUUCCCAACGCUUACUUAUGGGUCUGGAGCCAACCCCGAUCGCCGGUGAUGACCCUUUCUGGUCCCAUUGGACGGAGAUGUCACAAUACCGUGUCUGGGAGGCUAACAAGAAGGUGUUCCUCUAUCCUGAGACGUGGAUCGAGCCGGAGCUGCGAGACAACAAGUCCGAACUCUUCGUGGAGGUGGAGGAAAAGCUCAAGAAAGAACCCAUGACGCCGGCCAAUGUGGAGCUUGUAGUCGCCGGAUACCUCAAUGGCCUUGAGCAUAUUGCGGACCUCGAAGUGAUGUCGACAUUCUACGAGGUUCCUGUCUCUACCUUGCACGUCUUUGCGAGAACCAAGGGUGGUGAUCCGCGUGACUACUACCAUCGGGCCCUCGUCUAUGAAGCCGACUGGAGCCCUUGGGAAAGAUUAGACGACGUGGGAAUUUCUGGGAACCAUCUGCUGAGCUUUAAGAGGAACAACCGCCUUGCCGUCGCAUGGCCGACAUUCACUCUGGAACAAGAUCCUGUGCAGCAACAGACGCCGCCAUCCAUUCCGGAUCCGAACAACCUCGUGGACAAUAGCGCUGUAUCGAGGAGACAGAGGCUGAAGAUCCAGCUGUCAAUCAGCACCAAAAACCCAGAUACUGGGAAGUGGUCAACCGCGCUCAUGUCCCAGGAUGGAGUGAUGUGGCCGGGGCCAGGCGACAUAUACGCAGCGGCAGAGACAUUCCCCGAGUUUCUCAACGAGUCCAUUAGCCUACAGUACAUCGAUCUAGAGGGCAACCUGGGCCAAAUGAUUCUGGUCUGCGAGAACACGACGGGCCGGGGUACCUACACUGGCGCCGCCAAGGUCAUCGGCGUCUUCAACCUCGCUGGCUGUAAAGGAUACCCUGAACCGUUCCACUUCGGAUUGUUGAGUGGCGAGACAUAUCCACAGUUGGGAUUUUUAACAUUUCCCCAAUUUCGAAACACAUCGUUCGUGGAGCAACGAUUCCGGAAGAGCAGGAAUCUCGCCACUACCUCUAAAUCUGACUUGGCCAUCCGGACGAUGCUGGACGGGGGUUCGUUUGCCUCCAUUCUCGGCACUGAGUAUGGUCGGUUCGCGGUCACUCACCCAACGCAACUCACCGUCAUCGAUCGCGCCUUUGUCGGCCUGCAAAUGUACUCCCUGGGUAAAGCCAAGGCAAAAUACAACAAUGCCUUCAUAGCGUCCUCGUAUCGGGCGUUCAUACUUCCACAAGGCACCUUCCUUCCAUACUUUGUGAACGACUCCUCUACGCGCGGUUACUUUGUCCUCCCCGGCUACGAGAGCUCCACCAAAGGGGACACCAACUUUCGCACGGCUUCCGACACAUUCGAAUUCUUCAACAAAGUGAUCAAACUAGCGUUGAAGUGGAUUGAUGCGUACUACAAUCUAUACAACAGGAACAUCAAGCUCCUCCGACAAAAGCUGAACGAGGAUGAGGAUUACCAGAUACUGAAGAAGGAGUUCUUGUCCGUCUACUUCAACGCUGAGGUCUCCACGGACAUGAAAUUCAGGGCUGGCAAAGCAAAUCUGGCAAGCUUCUACCAUCCGCUGGUGUGCCUGUUGAAGUCGAAGCUCUACAACGGGGGAAUGCCCGAGCUUCUAGCGCGGAAAACACAACUCUCGGUAACCGACUUCGACUUCAAGAAGUCGUAUGACCCCCAGGAGUACGUCAGGAUGCCGUAUCCACAAGAGAACCUCGACUUCUCGCUGUCCGGUCCGUAUUCCGGCUACAACUGGGAGCUCUUCUUCCACCUGCCCUUCCAGAUCGCCGCCGCGUUUAGCGCUGAUCGUCAGUUCGAAGCGGCACGAAACUGGUACCACUACAUCUUCAAUCCACAGGGCGCCGACAUGGAAGACCCGUCGACGGGGCCCGACAGAGCAACGGCGCCGCAGAAGCGGUACUGGCAUACUAACCCCUUCUUCAGGAUGCAGGUCAAGGAUUAUACAGAGCAACUCAUUGAUGGUCUGCUCAGAGAGGUCGCCGCUGACCCGGAGGGGUUCUCUCUGAGGGACGCACUCAAAACGCAGAUCCAGCUCUGGAGAACAAACCCCUUCGCACCUCAUGUGAUUGCCCGCACUCGACCGGUAGCGUAUCAGAUGGCUGUAGUGAUGAAGUAUAUUCAGAAUCUGAUUGAUUGGGGUGAUCAGUUGUUUACGCAACUCACGCGGGAGACGAUUACCCAGGCCUCGACGCUCUACAUGGUGGCCGAGAAACUCUUGGGCCCCAAGCCACGCGUUGUGCCUCCUGCUAUUCCGGUCCCAGCUAGGAACUACCAGGAGCUUUCAAGUAGCAUUGACUUGCUGGGGAAUGCUUUGCUCCGGAUAGAGAACUUAGUUCCUGAUCUUGGCUCCCUGCCUCACCACGGACAAGAGCUCCCGGACAACCCGCCGUUCUCCUCCUUGUACUUCGGCAUCCCACCAAACACCAAGAUGCUGGAGAUGUGGGACCUCGUGGCCGACCGUCUCUUCAAGAUCCGCCACAGCCAGGACAUCAACGGUAGUUUUGUGUCUCUGGCUCUGACCUCGCCGCCGAUCGACCCCGGGGCACUAGUGCGAGCAUUGGCUUCCGGGGUAUCACUGCAGGAUGUCAUAUCUGGCCUUAAUGCCCCGCUGUCGCAUUACCGCUUCGGCUACAUGCUGCAGCGAGCGCAAAGCCUAACUGAAAUGGUAGUCUACCUGGGCGGUCAGCUCCUAGGAGUGCUGCAAAAACGCGACGAGGAGAGCCUGGCCAGGCUCCGUAAUGGCAGUGAACUCACCGUCCUGAAGGCCGUGAGAGAGGUCAAGAUUCUAGCCAUUUCCCAUAACGAAGCUACCGUCGAGGCGCUAAGCGCAUCUAGGGCAGCGGCGGAGGAGCGGAAGGCCUACUACGAAGGACUCGCCAAAGCGGGCCUGAAUUCAGACGAGAAGAGGAGCUUGACGGUCAAGGCGGAGACAUACGACGAUGACGACGACAUGCACGGGGGCUACAUUGCCGCGGAGGUGUUUCAUUACGUCCCCAACGUCAGUGUCGGCAUCGCUGGCUUCGGCGGGUCGCCCAACGUGUCCGCGUCUUAUGGCGGGAGCAACCCGGCCUCGGCUAUUGCGGCCCUGAUGAGCGCCAAAGCCUGUCGCCGAAGCAGUAAGGAGACAACCGCCCAGCUCGCCGCGACGGCGGCUAGCUACAUCCGACGGGGAGAGGAUUGGGGUUUCCAGAAGCGACUCGCCGAGAAGGACAUUGCUCACAUCGACAAGCAGAUCGCGGCGGCCAACGUUUCGGGAGAGAUGCUAAAAGCCGAGCGGGAUGCACACGACACCAACAUAAAUGAGGUGGCUACGGCGGAAGCCUACCUGCGGUCCAAGUUUACCAAAACAGAGCUGUUCGAAUGGGCCGUCGGUCGCACAUCGGCGACAUACUUCCAGGCAUACCAGCUCGCAUUCCGCAUGGCCAAGCGCGCCGAGCGUUGCCUGCAAUUGGAGCUCGGCGAUUUCUCGAGCGCGUCUCUGAUCAAACCGGGCUAUUGGGAUAGCCUGCGAAGUGGUCUACUCGCCGGCGAGGAGCUGCAGCUCGACCUGGGACGCCUCGAGGCGGCGCACACGGAACGACACGCCCGCGAGUUGGAACUGACCAAGUCUGUGUCCCUGGCUCGGCUGGAUCCCAUUGCGCUGCUGGCGCUCCGUACUUCUGGCAAGUGCAUCUUCUCCCUCCCGGAGGCGAUCUUCGACCUCGACCACCCAGGCCACUACUUCCGCCGCACCAAGACCAUCGCCAUCUCCAUCCCCUGCGUCGUUGGGCCAUUCACCUCCGUCUCGGCGACGCUGCGCCUGCUCUCAAGCCGGUACCGUGCCAAACCCACGCGACCGGACUCGUAUGCGGAGACGCCCGGGAGCGAUGACCGCUUCGUGUAUAACGUGACGCCGCCGCCCGUCAUGACGGUCGCGUCGUCGGCAGUCAACGACGCCGGCGUGCACGACCUCCGCCCAGACGAUCCGCGCUACCUGCCGUUCGAGUACUCGGGCGUGCUAGGCACGUAUGCGCUAGAGCUGCCGCCAGUGCAGCAGUUUGACUACGCAUCAGUGGCAGACGCAAUCCUAACCAUCUCGUACAUGGCACGGGAUGGAGGCAGCAGGCUGCGGACAGCAGCGACGCCCGCGCCGGUGGCGGGCGCUGCGGGGGUGGCCAUGCGGACAGCGUUUCCCGUGGAGUGGAAUGCGCUCAAGGCUGGGCGUGCCAUUGAGCCGGUUCUCGUGAGCCGCGGUCGGCUGCCGCACUGGGCUGUUGUGCAGGGGCGGACGGCGAUGGUGAAGGAGACGGUUUGGUGUGCGAUCCCUGUCGAGGGUGUUGACCUGGAAGGCCUCGUUGUCAGUGUGGCGGACACAGACGUUAUGUUCGAGAAAGCCGGAGAAGAGGAUUAUUAUUGGAAGGGGACGCUAGGGGCUGGAAAGGUCAAGUAUGGAGAGAAGGUCAAGAUUGAAUGGAAGGACGAGGCAGAUACGGGGAGAGUCGGGGAGCUCAUUUGCGUUGUUAGCUUUGAUGUUAAGGAGCCCACUGAGUAA